AUGGGCGGUAUGUCCAAAGCCAUAGACGCUGGUGUCCCGAAGCUGCGCAUUGAAGAGUGUGCCGCCAAAAGACAGGCUGCCAUUGAUUCUGGUAAAGAAACUAUCGUGGGAGUGAACAAGUAUCGAGUAGGGAAACAGGAAAGUGUCGACGUUUUAGUGCUUUAUAACACCAAAGUACGGGAGUCCCAAAUAGUAAAACUCAAACAGGUUCGAUCUGAGCGGGACAAAGCCAAGGCCGAAGCUUGCCUGGCAGCAAUCACUAAUGCAUGCGCCUCAAAUGAUCGAAGUCAGAACUUGCUUACCCUCUCAAUCGAAGCUGCUCGCGCGCGUUGCACUGUCGGUGAGAUCACUGACGCGAUGGCAAAAGUGUACGGUCGGCACCAAGCAGCUGACCGACUUGUUUCUGGUGCUUAUCGAAGCCAGUUCGCUCAGGAGGAUGAACUGAAGUAG